AUGACAUCUCUUAUUAUUCUCAGUGAAAUAAAAAUUCCUAUAAGCCCACUCACGAGGGUACUGGUGGCCCAACAGAUCCGGUACAGAUGGCAGAUGCCCACGGGACUGCUCGUCCACACGCCGAGGGGUCCAUUCCUGGUCCGCACACACAGCGACUACAUAGCACUGGGCACGGAGCUCCAACUGCCCGCCAUCAACAUGAGAUGGCCUGACCCACUGGACAUCUACACCGCCGCAAGAAACCCCUACCCAAGACCGGCGCUGCCGCAACGCACUAGAGGGGGACGCCAGGAGGCCACUAGGCCCACAGGUACCGCCCGUUAG